AUGAGUCUCUGCUACCAAUUUGAAUUACCAACUACAGGAAACCUUUCUCUAAGUCAGUUGCGAUCUAUUGAGCAUCGUCAGUUGUUACUAGAUGCGGAUUCACGGCGUGCACUUGUGCGUGAUACUCUGAAAAAAGCCAAAAGGUCUAGCACACCAGACGUAAUUGCCGUUAUCAAUGCCAUUGAUAGUUAUAUUCCAUAUUUAUUUACAAUUUUACAAGCCUUAGAAACUGGUGAAAUUGAGCCUGCUGUGUCACCAUUGGUUCCAUCGUGGCGAUUGCCAAUGCGCAGCGCAUUAAGCGUUUCCCCUCGUACAACUCUGAUUGAGCCACCCCGUGUGGAAGUAGCAUCUUUGCAGUACGAACGUGGAAUGGUUUUGUACACAUAUGCGCUAGCCUAUAUGGCAGCCGCUGAAGCAGUUCAAGCUAGCGCACCUGUUACGGCGGAAAAUGAUACGGAAACCGGACCAGCUGACCGUCUAAAACAGAUUUCUGGGUAUUUGCGCCGAGCAGAAUCAGUAUUUCGGUAUAUAUUAAGUAUGCCAAAAGAUGGGCUUGCCUCUAUUCCGGAUUUAUCUGCUCAAGUCUUAGGUGGAUUUGUAACAUUUGUAUCUGGGUCACUACACAUGGCAAUGGUGCAUAAAGUAUUACGGCAGGAGAGCUUGGAAUCAUCAACACUGUAUAGUCGAGUAUCAUUAUUUGCGGCAGAAAAGUUUGCGAGUGCAUAUCAAAUGUUUACAAGUGCAGCAUCUAUUGCUGGAUUGGCUUCGGGAAGCACAGCUGGCAAUGAUGAUAGCAAAUCACGGUUUAAAAGAUUUCAUGUCAAGACAGCUGCGCUCAAACAACUGGGUGCACAAAGUCCACUAUUAGGGUGGCUGGAUGGCCAACAGCGGUAUUGUAUUGCAGCUGCUGAAGUUUUUAUGGCUGGUGCGGCAUAUAAUAACAACAACGUUGGGCUGGCUGUGGGGUUUCUAACUCACGCACGAGACACUACAAACGGCGAUGGAGGAAGCCACUCUUCGACUGCUCAGAUACUUCUUCGGGAUCGUAUCACUGAUAUGCUGCGACGGUACACUGCAGAGAAUGAUCGAAUUUCAUUUCAAGAAGUGCCCGGGCCUGAGACUGUUGUACAAAAGUGGCCAUCGGGUCGAGAGGUAGUACAACCUCAAGAACCAUGGGUUCCGCCUGCCAGUCUUCUCAAUGAUGAGAUAGGAGGAUUGGAAACUAAGCCGGCUGCAGCGCCUACAGCUCAGCAGGGAUAUUAUUAG